UGACACUAUUGACAGCUAAUCGACGAAUGUUGACAUCAUUGUGAAGAAUAGAGGAUUAAUUUGUUAUUUUAUUCAAUAAUCAGUUGGGAUUUUAGUAUACAACGUAAUAGAAAUAAUACAACAAUCAUGAGGCGUCAUGCAGGAGUAGGUGCCAUACAGAAACAAAGGUUGCAACAGGAGAAAUAUAGGGAAAAAGGAUCGGAAAUACAAGAAAACCAGUUUCAACAGAUGUCCAAACAGUUAGAAGUUUUUAGAGAGAACUUGGAAGAAUUUGCGACUAAACACAAGAAUGAGAUAAAGAAGAAUGCUCAGUUCAGAAGGCAGUUUCAAGAGAUGUGUGCGGCGAUCGGUGUAGACCCCUUGGCAUCGGGAAAGGGAUUUUGGUCUGUGUUAGGUAUUGGUGAUUUUUAUUAUGAAAUAGGAGUGCAAAUAGUGGAAGUAUGUUUAGCAACAAAUUACAAGAAUGGCGGGCUUAUAACCUUAGAGGAGCUGCGGACAAGGCUAAUUGCGGCCAGGGGCAAGGCAAAGAUACACCAGGAAAUUACUAAUGAGGAUUUGCUUGUUGCAGUCAAAAAACUCAGGAUAUUUGGCAAUGGUUUCACAGUAGUACCAAUGGGUAAAGGGAAGUGGUUGGUUCAGUCAGUGCCGGGCGAGCUGAAUUUGGAUCAUACAUUAGUUCUGCAGAAAGCAAGUGGUCUGGGCACUGCAUGGGUGUCCCUAAGUAUACUUAUUGAUGACCUUGGCUGGACAGAAACAAGAGCUCAGAGUGCUUUGAAUCACAUGGUCAAAGAAGGUCUAGCAUGGGUGGACACCCAAGACACAAAGGAAACAUUAUACUGGUUCCCAAGUAUGUUCUCCGAAUGUGUGGCUGCGUGAUUUACAACUAUAGACAUUAUUGUAAAGUAAUAAGAGUUAUAUUGUGAUAUAAUGUACAUGUAUAAUUUAUGUUGAGAAUAUUAUAUACAACUAACAGAAAUGGCU